AUGAGCGCGCCAAAGCGAAGCGGCAACGAGGCGUCCGGCGCAAGCAGCGCGCCGAGUCCUCGAAGUAGCCCCUCUGCCUACGAGGCCCUAUCUGUCCUCUUCGCUGUCCGCCUCGUCAACGCGUUCUGCGUCCGCACCUUCUUCCAGCCCGACGAGUAUUUCCAGGCCCUCGAGCCAGCAUGGCGCAUGGCCUUCGGAGAGGACAGUGGAGCCUGGAUAACCUGGGAAUGGAAACACCAGCUCCGCUCCUCGCUCCACCCGUCCAUCUUCGCUUUCGCGUAUUGGAUCGUCCACAAUGUCUGGGGCGGCAUCGGAGCGCCGACGGUCGAGGCUCAGUGGCUCGUCGCCGCACCCAAGAUCUUGCAGGCCGGGUUUGCUGCGCUAGGCGAUUGGUACGCCUGGCGACUCGCCGAGAAGCUGUAUGGCCGUGGCAACCCCACCGCUUGGUCGGUGCUGUUGAUGACCCUGCUCAAUCCUUGGCAGUGGUAUACCUCGACGAGGACCUUCUCAAACUGCUUCGAGACUACCCUGACGUCCAUGGCCCUCUACUAUUGGCCUUGGGAGCUUCUUGGAACCGAAGAUGACGGCAACGCCGAAUCUCGGCACUCGUCGAUUCCGCUCUUCGACACUUGGAGCCAAGUCAACAGUCUCCGGCUGUCUCUGGCGUUAGCUGCCUUCGCCGUCCUCCUCCGGCCAACCAAUAUCCUCAUAUGGCUGUCCAUAGCUACUCUCGUACUGACUAGGGCUACCCUCGGCGGAAAGUCACCGCUUACGCGGGGCAACCUGCUCGUCGUCUAUAGGGAGAUCAUCCUCUGCGGAUCGUUCGCUCUCGGCGUAUCUAUGCUGGCGGACCGGCAGUAUUACGGCGAGUGGACGUUCCCCCCGUUGACAUUUUUGCACUUCAACGUCGCCAAAGAUCUCGCCAGUUUCUACGGGGAGAAUGACUGGCACUACUUCCUAUCUCAGGGCAUACCCCUGUUGUGCACCACGGUAACCCCCUUCGUCCUCGCGGGGCUCUACAAGUCGUUGGACGCGGAGCGAUCUAGCUGGCCCGUCGCGACAUCCAACGCCCUCAAGGCGCUGUCCUUCACGGUCCUCACCACCAUAUCGGCGCUGUCCCUCAUCUCCCACAAGGAGGUCCGCUUCAUCACGCCCCUCCUCCCGGCAUUCCACAUCCUGGCCGCGCCACAUGUCACGUCCUUUUUCACGACCGUAGCAGCGGCCGCCUCCGCCUCUACCUCCGCCCCCAGCCGGCCGAUUGUCGGGUGGAAGCGGACCCCUCUGCUCGCGGCCGGGCUCGCCGUCAACGCCGUCGUCGGCGGGUACCUGUCGUGGUUCCACGCGCGGGCGCCCGUCGAGGUCGUCGGCUUCCUGCGCUCCGAGUUCGAGCGCGUGCACCCGACGCGCCUGGCCCUCGCCGCGCCCGCCGGCAACGCGACGGCGGCGGCCGCCGACGCCGACGCCGACGCCGACGCCGACUUCGCGCAGGAGCUCUUCGCGCUCUUCCUCACGCCGUGCCACGCGACGCCGUGGCGGUCGCACCUCGCGUACCCGGCGCUGCGCGCGCGCGCGCUCGGGUGCGAGCCGCCGGUCGACGCGGCGCCGGGGUCCGCGGCCCGGCGCGCGUACCGCGACGAGACGGCGCGCUUCUUCGCCGACCCCGUCGGCUUCCUCGCCCGCGAGCUGUGGCCCGCCGACCGCCCCGGCGAGGACAUGGCGCGGUACGUGGUGGCGUACGACGGCGGCGGCGACGCGCGCCGGCCGGCCGUCCCCGCCGCCCUGCGCGAGUACUUCGACCCCGCCGGCCCCGGCGCCCGCCACCGCGUCCGCCUCCACCAGGUCUGGCGCAGCUCCUGGAACGGCCUGUUCACCGACGACGACAGGAAGGCCGGCCGCAUCGUCGUCUGGGCCACGGGCUUCUACGACACGGCGUCUCCGAUUGAGCCCUGA